GCACCCUCGUGACGUUAUUUGUCUGCGCCUGGCGGCGGGUUACGAAGCAAUGGCUAGUGGCAAAAAGAGUGCGCUACUUUCCUCUUUGGCAGAUUAUGGAGACGAUUCAGAUCCUGACUCAGACCCCGAACCAGAAGAGACAGAGGUGCCUGCAGGAGGAGGAUUGGUGUUCGGCUAUGGCGAGGAUGACCUGAAUCGGACUGAGAGUGUCAUUGACAAGGCAUCCGAAAAUGAAGACAGUAGAGAGAGUAAUUCGGAAAUGACGAAUGACGAAUCUGACGAGGGGAGGGACGCAGAUGAUGUUGAGGUCUCAGAAGUAGAAACAAAGGACCCAAAUGAGCUUGUCGCUCUCUUCUCAGAGAAGGUGAGAAACAUGUCACCUGAUGAAAUCAGAAUUCCACCUGAGCCCCCGGGACGCUGCUCCAGCCAACUACAGGAGAAAAUCCAUAAGUUGUAUGAAAGAAAGCUCCAUGGAGAUUUUGACACCAACAGCCACAUCCAGAAGAAGAAAGAAUUUAGAAACCCAAGUAUUUACGAGAAGCUCAUUCAGUUCUGCAGUAUAGACGAAUUGGGAACCAACUACCCAAAUGAUAUGUUUGAUCCACACGGCUGGUCAGAAGACUCCUACUACGAAGCGCUUGCCAAAGCCCAGAAAGUGGAGAUGGACAAGCUGGAAAAAGCCAAGAAGGAGCGGACGAAGAUCGAGUUUGUCACGGGUACGAAGAAAGGCACCAACGCAUCCAACACGGCAGCUUCCACCACCAACAGCAGCACCACCGCGACAGCCACAGACACUCAGAAGAGGAAGAGCAAGUGGGACUCCGCCAUCCCUGUGACCCUGGCCCAGCCCACUCUCAUCACCACCACGUCAGCCACCCUGCCGGCCGUCGUCUCCGUGACAACCACUGCCAGCGGCACCAAGACCACUGUCAUUUCUGCCGUGGGCACCAUCGUAAAGAAAGCCAAACAGUGAAUGGAAGACGGCUAAAAUGCCCACAAUACACAAGGACUAUUUAAUAGACUUGACUUGCUUCCAUCUCUGGGAUUGUAGACUUGCAAGUCAUCGUUAGGAUGAGCUGAAGAAGUCUACACUGCUCAUCUGUCAAUGGUUUAAUGGAAAAAGAUGCGGAAUAAGAGUGCUGGCUGUAAAUGAGAAAUGCAUGUCUUCUGUCCUCAGUGCUGAUACAGCGGUGGCAUGCUUUUCUCCUCGUCGUUUAUGUCAUUGACUCAUUUUGGGGUAAAACAUUUUUACGCUUGUAAAUAUGAUAUUGUUGAUAAGGUGAAUAAAUUGGUUUGAUGUUUCCUUUUCA